CAAAAUCUCAGUACUGCCAAGCAUGUGGGAGAUAAAACUAGUGAAGGGCUGAUGUAUGCAACUCUUGGAAUGUAUUUUCUGGGUCAAUGUGAUUACAAGGAAGCCAUAAAAUAUAACGACCUUGCUCUCGAUAUUUUUAAAGAAUUGGGCAACAAGAGACAAGAACGAUAUACAUGUCAAUGUCUUGGUGAUGUUUUUCAAAGUGUCGGCAAUUUCAAGAAAGCCAUUGAGUACCAAAACCUGGCACUUAGUAUUGCAAUAGAGCUGGGAGAAAAGCCUAUGGAAGGUAUGGCGUCCUACGGUCUUGGAAAUGCUUUUCGAGGUUUGUGUAGUUAUGAAAAAGCAAUAGGCUACUACAACCGUUGUCUUAGUGUCGCCAAAGAUCUGGCUUACAAGGCAGUCAGAAGGUCAUUAGAAGGUGUUGCCCUUAGCAAUCUCGGACAUGCUUUUGACUGCCUUGGUGACUACAAACAAGCUGAAAUCUACCACAGGCGUCACCUUAGCAUUGCCAAAGAAAGGAGAGACAAGUCAGGAGAGGGAUACGCGUACACAGGUCUUGGCAACGUUUUUCAGUCACUUGGAAAUUUCAAGAAAGCCCAAGAGUUUUACAGCUUAGCCCUUAGCAUUUCCAAAGAUGUACGAAACAAAAAUGUAGAAGCACAUGCAUAUUCAGGUCUAGCAAGCGCUUCCCUCGACCUUGGAGAUACAAAAAAUGCAGUAAAAUAUUCUAAUCUGUAUCUUUCCUGUGCCAAAGAACAAGGAAACAAAAAUGAAGAACAGGGGGCGUAUUGCACCCUUGGACAUAUUUAUAGCAGUCUUGGAGACUUCAAGAAGUCCAUAGAAUACUAUAAACGCCAUCUUGCUAUUGCCAAAGAUGUUGGAGACUUGGAAUCAGAAGGUGGUGCGUAUGGUGGUCUUGGCAGUAUUUUAGACAGACUUGGAGAUUUCGAUCAGGCAAUUUAUUAUCACGAUCUACAUCUUGAUAUUGCUAAAACAAUUAGAGAUAGAGAGGGAGAGGCAAUUGCAUAUGGCAAUCUUGGCAACGCUUGCCUUAGUCUUGCUAAUUUCGAGAAAGCCCUCUACUACUUUGAACGCCGCCUUAGUAUUGCGAAAAAUCUGGGAGAUAAGGCAGGGGAAGGACGUGCAUAUGGACACCUCGGAAGCACUUAUCAACACCUUUGAGACUACAAGAAAGCCAUGGACUAUUACAGCUCGCGCCUCUCUAUUGCCCAAGAACUUGGAGACAAGGCUGGCGAAGGGGCUGCCUGUGGCUAUUUAGGUUCCAUUUCCCUGCUUCUUGGCGACUACACGAUAGCCAUUGAUUGGAACAAAAAACGACUCAGAAUUGCUGAACAUCUUGGUGACAAAGACAUGGAAGGUAAAGCAUACAGUGAUCUAGGACAAUGCUUUGAGAUGCUGAACGUUUUGCCUAAAGCAUUAGACAACUACCAAAGAAGCGUUAAACUUUUCAAUCAAAUGAGGAGUCUUCUUCAGUCUCAAGAUAAAUGGAAGAUUGGAUUUCGGAACGAAUGUAACUGUGCUUACACAGGCCUUUGUAGAGCUUUUUUAAAACAAGGAAAGAUUGGUGAAGCUCUGGUUGCUGCCGAAGAAGGUCGGGCCCAGUCACUAGCUGAUUUCAUGACAUCUCAGUAUGGUUUUCAAGAAAGACAAACCGAAGAAAAGUGCCUAGACGAAGAAGAAUUCGGCAUGUUAAACAAUAUUUCAUCAAGCACGAUUUUUCUAGCUCUGUCAGAAAAUAAAAUAAAUAUCUGGUUACUGUUGAAAGAAAAACCUGUUAUUCACCGGCAGAACACACCUUGCAGCCACUUUUCAGAAAAUGCAGCAGCUGAAACAUUACAGUCCCUCAUCCAAUUUGCCUACAAAAACAAUGGUGUUCGUGCAAAUCUUAACUGCGAGAAUCGGUCCUUAGAUGUGUUACGAGAAAACUGCCAUAUUGUGGAGCGGUCAUCUAAAAAGUGCUCACAGCAAAUUCUCCAAGAGGAUAACCUUCCCCUAGCCGCCUUCUACAGCUAUGUGAUUGCCCCGAUGUUAGAUCUGAUUGAGGGUGAUGAGCUAAUAAUUGUCCCGGAUGGUCCAUUAUGGCUAGCUCCCUUUGCUGCAUUGCUGAAUCCUUUUUCCAAAUACUUGUGUGAAUCCUUCAAAGUCAGAUUAAUUCCUUCGCUGACAAGUUUGAAAAUUAUUUCUCAUUGUCCAAAAUUCCACAGCAGAAGUGGAGCUCUAGUUGUAGGAGAUCCAGACAUGAGUGAAGUUACUAACAGCCAAGGAGAUCAGAUCCUGGAGCAGCUUCCUUUUGCCAGACAAGAAGCACAGAUGAUCGGGCAGAUUCUUAAUACGGCACCUCUCACUGGAAAAUUAGCCACCAAAUGUGAAGUGCUAAAACAGAUUAGUUCGGUUGCCGUAGUACACAUUGCUGCACAUGGACACAUGGAAACCGGAGAGAUAGCGUUGAGCCCGAGUCCUGAAAGGAAAUCACAGACCCCUGCAGAAGAGGAUUACAUGUUGACAAUGGCAGAUGUGAUGAGUGUGAAGCUGCGAGCCAUGCUAGUUGUACUUAGUUGCUGUCACAGUGGCAGGGGAGAGAUUAAAGCUGAAGGCGUGGUCGGCAUUGCACGCGCCUUUAUUGGUGCCGGUGCUCGUUCUGUUCUGGUGUCCCUGUGGGCCAUCGAUGACGAGGCCACCUUGGAGUUCAUGAAAAGCUUCUACCACAACUUUGUUAAAGGGCGAAGUGCGAGCGAGUCCCUUAACCGCGCAAUGAAAUGUCUCAGAGAAUCCGAGAAGUUCGGCGAUUUAAAAUACUGGGCGCCUUUUACACUUAUAGGCGAUGACGUCACUCUCGACAAACAAGAAGAAUCAGGGUCUCAUAAAUAA